AUGUUUGAUAACACCCAGUACCCCUAUAAUUGCUUUAAUUACGAUGGGGAUGAUUACCCAACCUGCAGCUCUGAUGAAGAGAAAAGGUUCACCAGACCAGCAUACAGGUAAGCUUAACUUUUCCAACUCUCUUUCUCUCUCUCUCUCUCUCUCUCCAUAUUGUCAGUUGCUGGGGAAUUCCUCUGUGAUUCUUUGCAACGCUCAUCCACAAGCAUCUUCCAGGUGUGGGCAAACAAAAACAAAAUAAAAAGGAUAUGGGGUUGCAAUGAUUUUUGGAUUUUUUUUUUUAAUGACUUGUUUUAAUGCAUUUCAACUGCUCACAUUAUUUUACAAAUAGGAGCCAGGCUGAGUUUGGAUUUCAACCAGGGGGGCUCUAGACUGAAGUGGCAAAAAAAGGUUUGCUUGGGUGGCCUCAGUCUGAUCAGACUUGCCUACUGCAGAGGGUUGUUUGGCGGAUAAAAUGUGUACAGUGUCAUAAGUAUUUCCCCCCCAAAAUGUAGCCUUAUUUAAGUUUUAGAAUUGAUGUAACUGAUAGGGAUUGCUGUCCUCUGAUCAAUCUCCAACCCCGCUCCCCAUUCUCUGCAACAAUCUAAUGAAUAUAUCUUAAAUGCAUACGGUGAUAAAUUAACCACUUUAGGCAAGGAUAUAAGUGAGAUACUCAGGAUCUGAGUCUCUCAAGCAAGUCUGCUUAGUCACUUCUAAAUCUUUCAAAACGGCUGGAUUUUGACUUACUAAGUAGCUAAUCAAAUGUGCAUAUUACAAAAAAAUCUAGGUUCUUUUUUGACAGAUUGAAGGAAGCUUAUGGUUACUGAACAAAUACUUACCACUCACUAUUAAAAGAGAAGAUUGUCUUUAACCAUUUCUUCUUUAUUCUCUCUUGCAUUAACACCACACCUUAAAAAAUAGAGUAUGUCCUUAACUCUCAGAUCCACUGCUAAAGAUUAAUCAACCGAAGCACGAGUUGAUUAAUCCACUAUUUACAUUAAGUUGCACUUUCUAAAGAUCACAAGGAGAAAUACUUCCUGUUCCACUAUGCACAGUUAUAUGGGAAUAACCGUGCAUCCUAUGCAUGUCUACUCAUAGGCAAGCCCCAUUAAGUUCUAUGGGGCUUACUCCCAGGUAAACAUGUGUAGAAUUGUCACCUGAGCCCCCUAGAACUCAGUGGCACAUGCCACAUCCAAGUCAACCUGGACAGAACUGAAUUGCAAAGUGAUCCUUUGAUAUGAAGUGCAACCGCCUGCCACAAUUCACAGGAAUUUCAGUGCUGAGAAACUUCUGUUGUUGUUGGUUUUUCAAAAAAGUUGCAAAACGUGCCUGGGCAUGCUUUUUGGUGGUGCUGUGUGUUUGUGUGUUUUAAAUCAAAGCUCUUUCACUUGAGUGGAAUGGAAAAACAGUUGCCAAAACAGAGAGAUUGCAUUUCUCACUGUGCAACUGGAAGAAUCCUUAAGUAUUUUCCUUCUACUUAAAAUGGGCAGUCAGCAGCAGUCCUGCUACUUCUCAUGCAAUAAUGGGUCAGUCAUUGCUGUAGACAAGGGCUGAAGGAGAAUUCAGGACAUCUCUACUAGGCGUAAAUCCUACUUUCAGGAUCUCUUUUUAAAGAAACGCUUUGUGCUUUCCGCAAUCAACUUUCCUGAGUCAUAAAUGCCCAGGUGUUCUCAGUGGGAGAAUGUGACUUGAUUUGAGAGCUAACAUGAGAUUUGGACUCAAAUUCCAGCAUGCAGACUUUGUUUGUCAAUGACUUGGAAGUUUUUCCAACUUACCCUCUUCUUGUUGCAACUCACCCUGGGACCUUAUGACAAAGGGCAGUUUACUUCAAUGGGUCUACUCUGUGUAGGGCUAGUGUUGGAUACAACCUAAUACCCACUGACCGCACUCAUGGAGCCCAGUGCUUCAAACAACUCUCUCAAGAGACUAUCCAAAGAAAGUGGGCAUCUCAAGAGCAGCACUGUCCAAUGGAUGGAGCUCUGCAGCGCAAAGUUAAGAGCAUGAGUGAUGAGCUGAUAAGCUCCCAGUUUAGUUACCACCUGACCUAAGGCAGGCUUCUAUCUCUCAGUCUCCACUGGUAAUAUGGGAGACAGUGUGGUAUAGCAAUUUGAGCACUGGACCAAGGCUGAUUCAAAUCCCCACUAAGUCAUAGAGAUCACUAGGUGACCUUGGGCCAGAAACACACUCUGCCUCUCUGUCUCUGAUCCUAUCCUACCUCAUAGGGUUGUUGCACUGCAAAAAGUGGUGGGGUAGAGAAUUAUGAAUGUUCACCUGGGUUCCCUGAAGGAAAGCUGAGAAAUAAAUAAAUAAAACGGGUCAUCAUCACCAUCAUCAUCAUCAUCAUACAUUACUGCAGCAAUGAUUUGAGAACUUAGAACAGCAUUAUGCAUGAAAGAUAUCUAGGGUUGGAUCCUGACUGAGGCUAAAGCUGUAGUCCUACUGAACCCUACUGAAAACAAAGGCACUUACUCAUGAGGAAGAGUGUUAGCUAUUGAGCGUUAGGUCUCAUUGUUAUGUAGGUCCCAUUGUUGUUACUUUGGUUUCAAUGGGGCCUCUCUGCAUAGUUCGUCCUGACUUAAUUGAAGCCCCAUUGACUUCAAUGGGAAGUCACUGCAACUAACAAUCCUAUGCAUGUCUAUUUGGAUCAAAGUCCUUGUCAUAUUCAGCGGGGCUUAUUCCUGAAUGUGUGUGUUUAGGAUCACAGCCUUGGAGCGGGAUUGAAUCUUAUGCGAUGUUGUUUCCAGAAUCUCUAUGCCCGUAGCAUCGACACCUUUCUAUACAGGACGGUAUUGUGAUUCGUUUUGCUUUGUUUCAUGUUGCAGCUACAUCGCUUUAAUUGCAAUGGCCAUUCAGCAGAGCCCCUCCAACAAAGUGACUCUUUCUGGCAUUUACGACUUCAUCAUGAAGAAAUUCCCUUACUACAGGACAAACCAGCGAGCCUGGCAGAACUCCAUCCGCCACAACCUCUCCCUCAACAGCUGCUUUGUCAAGGUAGGACCAACAAACCACAGCAACAUGGGCAGCAGUCCACAACCUAGAAAGGGAAACUUGGGUUCUGCAAGCUGCUCGGUUGGGAGCCCUAUUUGCAAGAGGAUGCUGUGCACAUCUGGCUGUAGAAUCAGCUCAGAUGUGGCCAUAGGGAACCAGUGCUGUGCUGAAAACUGGCUCUUGAUUUCUCCCCUGUGAAAGGAGGCUUUCAAUAAGCCUCUCAGCGCCAGUUGCUGCGCAUCACAAACUGGAAGAGCUCUGUUGCGCUCACAUCCUGCUUUCAGGCUGCCCAUGCACAAAUCGUCGCCGUCGUCAUUAUAUUAAAUUUGUAUACUGCCCUAUACUCAUAGAUCUCAGGGCAGUUCACAACAUAAAUUAACAGUGGAACCUCAGGUUGCGAACGUGAUCCAUGUGGGAGGCACGUUCGCAACCCGCAGCGGCACGUCUGCACACACACGGGUUGCAAUUCAGCAUUUCUGCGCAUGCGCAAAGCGCGAUUUAGUGUUUCCGUGCAUGCGCGAGCGCCGAAACCUGGAAGUAACCUGUUCUGGUACUUCCGGGUUCAGCGCGGUGCGUAACCCAAAAACGCACAACCUGAAGCGUCUGUAACCCGAGGUAUGACUGUACAAUAUAAACAACACAAAAUACACAAUAAAAAUAAGAAUAAAGACAACCCAAUAAUCCCUCCAUCCACAACACUUUUAAAAGGGCCACUGUGAGAAUAAUAAUAAUAAUUUAUUAUUUAUAACCCCGCCCAUCUGGCUGGGUUUCCCCAGCCACUCUGGGCAGCUCCCAACAGAAUAUUAAAAACACGAUCAAACAUCAAACAUAAAAACUUCCCUAAACAGGGCUGCCUUCAGAUGUCUUCUAAAAGUCAGAUAUUUAUUUCCUUGACAUCUGAUGGGAGGGCAUUCCACAGGGCAGGCGUAACUGCCUGGUUCCCUGUAACCUCACUUCUCACAGUGAGGGAACCGCCAGAAGACCCUUGGAGCUGGAUCUCAGUGUCCAGAUAGAAUGAUGGGGGUGGAGACGCUCCUUCAGGUAUACUAGAACAGGACUAGAGCCAUUAGCCUGAUUCAGUAGGAAUUUCCUUAUGUUAUUAUAAUCACAGAUUCAUAGGAUUUUAGAGUUGGAAGGUACCCCAAGGGCCAUCUAGUCCAAUGUACGAAUUACAGUUAAAGUACAUCUGACAGAUGGUUAUCUAACCUCUGCUGAAAAAUGAAAAAAAAAGUCUACCCCCUUCUGAGGCAGUCCAUUCCACUAUCAAACAGCCCUUGCCAUCAGGAAGUUCUCCCUAAUGUUUAGCCAAAAUCUCCUUACUUGCAAUUGGAAUUCAUUUGUUCGGGUUCUACCUUCUUGAGUGAUUAGAAAACAAGCUUGUUCCACCUUCUAUGUGACAGCCCUUCAGGUAUCUGAAGACGGCUAUCAUAUUCCUCUCUCUUCUCUUCUCCAGGCUGAACAUGCCCAACUCCCUCAACCACUCUUCAUAAGGCUUGGUUUACACUCCAUUCGCAUGUCUCCAUCUCUGGACCCUUGAGAGAUGCUUUAGGAAAGGGGUCAGCAAACUUUUUCAGCAGGGGGCUGGUUCACUGUCCCUCAGAACUUGGGGAGGAGGGCGGAUUAUAUUUUGGAAAAAAAAUAAUGAACGAAUUUCUGUGCCCCACAAAUAACCCAGAGAUGCAUUUUAAAUAAAAGGACACAUUCUACUCAUGUAAAAACACGUUGAUUCCUGGGCCAUCCGCCCGCCGGCUUUAGAAGCCAAUUGGGCCAGAUCUGGCCCCUGGGCCUUAGUUUGCUUACCCAUGCUUUAGGGUUUUGGUGGGUGUGGAGUUUUGAGCUUCCUUUGGCAUUGUGAGGUGGCUGUGGGUGUUCUUUCCAAGAAACAUAGCUCCAACUCUUUGCAACCUCCUUGGCUGCCUGUGCUUCCUGAUCUGACGUCUUCCUUCGAACUUUCACUGAAGCAUGGGCACCCAGGAGACCUGUAGUUUGCAGGCGAUUUGUAGAACGAAGGAAUCGAAACUCAGAAAUGCCCUGGGUCAUCUUGAAAGCAGAAGAAGCACAUACACAUCUGACCCAGGGAAAUUUCACCAAAAUGUGCUCUCCUUUUGGAUAAUUUUUUAAAAAGCAAUUUAUUUAUGGAGAAUGACCAGCAAGGAACAGGGAGACGAGGACAGGAAUAGGUUUUCAGCAUAGCACUAUAGGAAACGAAGAAAGCUCUAUUAUAACGGUUCUCAACCUGUGGGUCCCAAGAUGUUGUUGGACUACAACUCCCAUCAUCCCUGAGCUCUGGCCUUGCUAUCUAGGGGUGAUGGGAGUUGUAGUCCAACAUCAUCUGGGGACCCACAGGUUGAGAAAGGCUGCUCUUUUAUGAUGGGUGAGGCUGUUUGUCCAUCGAGGCCUGAAUUGUCUUCUCUAGAUGAGAGCAGCUCUCCGGGGUCACAGACAGGGGGCUUAGGCUUAGCUGGUCCUUUUGACAGCAGAUGUCAAAGAUCUGACCUGGACUCUUUCAUAUGCAAAGUGUGCUCUCUACUAUAGAGCCGUGGUCCAAGCAUUCUCGAAGUGCAGCUGCAUGGGCAAAAAUAUCCUCUCUAUUUCUGAAGUCCAGAUUGCGAGUGCUAUGGCUGGUGAUGGUUGGCAACUAUGGUGACUGGUUGGGUGGAAGGCAGGGAGCCUAACAGUAGGUGGCGCCAGAGCCAAUGGCAGGAAGAACCAAUUAAUUCUCAGUUUGCCGCAUCCUCCUCCCUGCUGGGUUCUGCAAAGGGCAACAAAGACUAUGAGGAAGAGGAAGUGGACAGGCAGUGUCAAUUCCUGAACUUGUUGUAAGCAGAAAGGGAGGCUGGUGAGAGCUGACUGAGAAUAGAUGGAGGUUAAUGGGGCAAUGUCCUUAGUGGAGCAACAUCCAUGGGCUGUUGCUUAUGGAGCUAAAAUACCCCCCACACAGAGGGUAUUUGGAGGGGAAAACUUAAGCUGGAACCUCCAACAACCGAGUGAGGACUGAACAUGCUCAGUGGACAUAGAAUGCUGGCUGACUCUUGGGUGCGAUGAUUGAAAGCCAAGUGGGAAGGGGAAUGGAAUGGAGUUUCCUGUACAAGACUCCUUCCACGCUGCAACAUUUUGUUGCAGAUCCCAUAUUUAACAAGAUUUCUAUACCGCUAAAUCAUCUGUAGCCUCUAAGUGGUUUACACAUUUAAGUCAUGAUUUCAGCAUGUCCUCAGUUGCAGCCACUGCUCUCUGAUGAUAAUGCAUAGGAGUGCUACUGUACAUGUAUCAGCUCAUGCUCAGGUGGAAGGCUGUGCAACCCAGGAACAUGAAGGUCAUCUGGAGAGCUGGCAAAUGUUACAUAGUGGGACCUGAGCUCAGUGGUGGAGCACAUUACUUUGAAUGCAAAAGGUCAGUUGUAUCAGCAGUGAAAAGGAUUGAGUAGCAAGUGAUGGGCAAGAUCUGUGCCUUGGACCCUUGGAGAGAUGCUGCCAGUCAGUGCAGGCUAUACUGGGCUAGUUGGAUAAACAGUCUGAGCAGGUAGCAUUGCAAACACGAAAAGGAAACUUCAUGCAAUGGUGUGGUUCUUUUUGCGUGGCAUUUUACCGAUGUCCUUGUGAGGUCUUGAAAGGGAAAAAAAUAUCUAAAUAUAACUGUUCCUACAAUCAGAUGGAGAUUGCUGCUAUCUAGAGAUGUGGGGAAAAAUUGAUUCAGUUCACAUUUAAGGCAAACAUACCUAAUUUGCACCAAAAUGCAACCUAAAACACAGCCAUCCUUUGAAAUUCACACUUCUCUAUAUUUUGGGCUGCAGUUCUUCAGCCAAGUUAUUUGUACAAAAAUGUGUAUAUUGAUGCAAAGUGUGCAUAUAAAUGAAUGCAACACGCAGAAUUGCAUUACAUUAGGGGAGAGUUACUUGCAAAGAUGUGUAUAUUAGUCAAAACCGAAUGUAUUUAUUAGGACAAUCUGCAUUACGUUGCUGAGGAAUUUUCAUGGGGAUCAGCAGCAACAAAUACCUGUGGAAAUAGGGAAAACUGAAUUUAAGAUUGGAAAAAUGAGAACCUUGGAGAACCAAAAUUGACAGAUUUGUCCAUUCCUCCUUUUAUAACAAUGUGUUCUCAAUGCAGGUUCGUAACAUAGAGGGGAGAAAGAUGCAAAUCAACUGCAACAAGCUGCGUAGCCAGAAUUAAUUAAUUAAAAAAAAUAAUGACCUGCAUUUAUCCAGAAUUCAGAAGGGGAGGAUCUUAGGGCAGAGCAGACCCUUGGGAUGAUAUAGCAAAAGCAAUACACACAAACACACACAGAAUAUCUGUGCUCCAAUGUGUAUAUGACCAGAUACUCUCCAGAUACUUUGAACUACAGCUCUUGUCAUUCCUCACUUUGAGCUUGGUGGCUGAACAGGGAAGAUAAUAAUAAUAAUAAUUUAUUAUUUAUACCCCGCCCAUCUGACUGAGUUUCCCCAGCCACUCUGGCCGGCUCCCAAUCGAGUGUUAAAAACAACACAGCAUUAAAUAUUAAAAACUUCCCUAAAGAGGGCUGCCUUCAGAUGUCUUUUAAAAAUAGGAUAGCUGCUUAUUUCCUUGACAUCUGAUGGGAGGGCGUUCCACAGGGUGGGCACCACUACCGAGAAGGCCCUCUGUCUGGUUCCCUGUAACCUCACUUCUCGCAAUGAGGGAACCGCCUUGGCGCUGGAUCUCAGUGUCCGGGCUGAACAAUGGGGGUGGAGACGCUCCUUCAGGUAUACAGGUAUACAGGACCAAGGCCGUUUAGGGCUUUAAAGGUCAGCACCAACAAGAUCAGUAAUACAGUGGUACCUCUGGUUAAAAACUUAAUUCGUUCUGGAGGUCCGUUCUUAACCUGAAGCACCACUUUAGCUAAUGGGGCCUCCCACUGCCUCCGCACUGCCGCCACGCGAUUUCUGUUCUUAUCCUGAAGCAAAGUUCUUAACCCGAGGUACUAUUUCUGGGUUAGUGGAGUCUGUAACCUGAAGCGACUGUAACCUGAAGCGUCUGUAACCCAAGGUACCACUGUAGAGAGCAAGCAGCCUUUCCGGAAAGCUUAUACAGCAUGAUGGAUAUUUUCCUCACAUGACUCCUGAUAAGCUUUGGAGGAACCGCAAGGCUCUGUGGAACACAGUUUGAAAGCCACUGUCCAAGGUUGGUAGGGAGAAAGAGAAGCUCAGCUCUAAGUAAAUGGAGAUCAUUGAAAAUAUCCUUUUGCCCUCUUAGCUGCUUCUGGAUGGAAGGAUAGAAAAUGCAGAUAUUGUUUUCUUCUGAUGUAUGCUAGUACAUAGCAAAUGAAAGGGGCUAUUUGCCUACAACUUCUAUAAUUAGAGAGCCUGGUCUUCAACAGUUUGUCAUAUAUGUUUAUACGAGACUUGCAUUUAAACGGACACAGAUGUUGAAGCGGCUGUGUUUGUAGCACACAUGCACACAAAUGCCGAAUUCGGGUUUUGCUUUCGCCCAGGCUUCAGCUCCGCAAUCUGUUCUGAAUGCUGUGCAUCAACCUUAGACCUUGGGAAUGAAUAGCAAUAAGAAAACCGAGAGAGUUCCUGUGCAUGUGCAGAGUGCAGUCCCCCACUCUCUUCCACUCUUGGAUUAGGGGAUAAAGGUCUGAGAUGAGGGAAAGGUUGCAGUUUCCAGAUAGCCUUGCUAGAUGGUUUUAUAUUUCUCUUAAGGCAGUAACUGACAGAAUGGAUGCUUUCUCUCUCUCUUUUAUUAUUAUUUUAAAAACAAUGAAUUGCAGGUUCCCCGGACAGAAGGCAAUGACAAAGGGAAGGGGAAUUACUGGAGCUUUGCAUCGGGAUGUGAAUCUAUGUUAGACCUGUUUGAAAAUGGGAACUACAGGAGGAGGAGGAGGAGGAAGAACGUCAAAAGGGAACCCAGAGACAAACAGCCAAAUGGCGGGAGCGACUGCUUGCAAGCUCUGUCCCCGGUGGAUUCAGGAUUCCCCAGAAUCAACUCCUGUCCUGCUCAGAGAGUGCAACCCCAGCCCAAAGCUUUGGAGACUUGCGAGCUUUUUCCAAAUGCCGCCGCCAGCCGUGAGAGUCUAAACAGCUCCUCCAUAGGAAAAUCUGACUCCGAAAUUAAAUUUAGCAUUGAUUACAUUCUCUCCUCCCCAGACCCUCUGCCUGUCCUGAGGUCUCCGUAUCACACGGAAGAUAAUAAAUACCACCUCUUGGAUUCUCAGCAGCUGGUGAACCUUCAGUUUUGGACAAUGUGA